AUGUGUCCUGGGCUUAAGCAUGAAAGGGGGUCCAGGGAGCUGCUCAUCAAGGUCAUCACGGCUUUGACAGUUUACAAAAGAAGCUUAUUACCGCACUGCAGAUCCGAGCUCGGCUUGGGUAGCUUGGCCAAGAAGUACUCGCUAUCAAUCAGCCCUAUCACGUAUGCUUGCUGCUUAUUAUCGAUCAGCAAACGUCAUUUCGAGAUUUCGACUCGUUAUUUUAUCUUCCACAGUCACAGGUUGUCGUCAGCCGCAUGUCAAGAACUCGCGGCUUUUGCUGCAGGGCUUACGCAAUAUUGCAAACUACGACUUGAGCUUACACAGGAAUGGCAGUUGGCAAGGGUCGAAAGAGGACUGCGGGGUUGUGAAGGUUGGGGGAACUUUUGUAAAGUGAUAGAGGAUCCCUUGCUCUGGUGGGAGACGGAAGAUAAGACGAGAGAACGGAAGACUUUUUCAAGAGAAGGUGAAUCAGAAGAGGAAGAAAUAAAUUCAAAGAAAAGAAAUACCAGAGGUAGAGAUGGUAUAAUUCAUAAUAUUGAAAAUACCGUGUAGCCAAGUAAGGAAGCAUGGCAUACCAUCAUCCAUAGCUUAUGAGUUGGAAAAUACGAUAAACGGAUAACUUGGUCGGACUUUUUGCAGUAUUACGCCGCUUCAUAUGCACGUUCAACGCUCGCCCCCAAAAGAGCAAUAGCGUGAUCGGCCAACGUCGUUGCAUACAUAUGUACACACGAUCAGAAGCAUCGCAACCAAGCAACGUAACCGAGCAUGAAUAUCCAGUCUAGAACCAUGACCACGGCCAUAGGCUGAUUGUAGGAAACAAAAAGAGAGACGUCCUGUAAGCAAGACCUGUUCCCCUCUUUUUUUCUCAUCCACGCCGCAGCUCAACUUCAUCCUUCUCUCAUCUCGUUUGACAUUCUUGACCUCAAUAAUCUGGUGACACACGGCGCGAGCACACUCAGAUUCCUUUUAUGAAGAGUGCCACGUACGCAUCACCUUAAUCUCCUUCUUACUUCAAUAAAAAAAAGGGGGUACUUGACGUGCGUCUGGAUCAAUUACACCGUCUUACACGCCCCACGUUCACAGCGAGACAAGGACAAAAUGCCUGCUCCUUACUCUGACAAUCUCUAUUCCGCCGACUCUGACGAUGAACCUGGUGCCCUCUCACCAACAGACGGCUACUUCCACGCGUCGUCUGAGUCGUCGUCAUCUCGCUCUAGACAAAACGUACCUCAUGUCCCAAACGUGUUUGUCGAGGACCCAACUCAGUUGAGUCGCGAUGCAAAGAUUCAAGAAGCGGAGAGGGAGAGGAGGCUCUUAGACACUGGAGGCUCUGCAGGACGCAACCCUGAAAGCACUGCCUCGUCACACGAGAACUCGAGUGGCUCAGAGAAUCCCAUUGCAUCGACGCCACGUUCUCCUCCAAGAGCUUCUCCCCUGUUUGCUCAUCCUGUUGACGCACCACCUGCUUACUCGCCCUCACCUACAACAACUUCGCCUCCAACUACAGUGAACAACUAUCAAACCUUUGCUUCUACAGCUACAAUGGGCCGGCCUGAGGAGAAUAGACCUCUGAUCAACCAUGCUCCAGAGUCUAUGAGCAGCCCCUACAACUCAGCUCAACAACCAUCACGUUGGCAGCAAUUCAAAGACUCCGUCUCAAAUUUCAACGUCAGGAAGAAAGUCAAGACAAUUCUUGCUUCGCUUCUCAUUUUCUCUGUCGUUUUUAUGAUCUUCAGUAGCUUUACUAUACAGUCUGCUCAUGGUUCACACUCAACCCCAGUCGAGGAUAAUGACCCCGUUGCACCACCUGCCAAAGACGGCGACGACUUCAAGUGGAAUCCUUCGCGAACUUGCCUGGAUAAGCCUCAACACUCGGCCCACUUCGCUGAGGAAUUCGAGAUACAAUCUGACCGCAACCUUAGCAUUAUUCAACGAAUGGUCAAGUCCGAUGACCUUGAAGGAUGGAGCACCCAUGUCUCUGGUGAAGUUAUUCUUCGGCCAGUAGAAGAUUCCUCGCCUGCUAUUAUCGAGUUGCAGGUUGUCUCCAACCACGACAAUCUCAGGGCCAAGGCCGACUUCGACAAAACAACUCAGGUCUUUGAGGUCAAGGUGCCAGGCAGGGUCGCCUGGAGCUCGUCUGACAAGGCUCCCUGCAUCCAAAUACGUAUCACGGUCUCGGCCCAUCGUGAGACUAUCCUUAACCAUCUUAACAUUGAGACCCAGCAGCUCGACAUCAACCUCAAAGAGGGGGUCGUCCUGGGAGUCCAGAAUGGGGUCAACAUUCGAAGCGCCAGCGGUGAUAUCACUUCGCCUGGUAUCAAAACGAUCAAGGGCAAAGAAGUUGUUCCUUACACACUCUCAUCCCGCGAGAUCCGCAUUCACACGGCCAGCGGCGAUGUCAAGGGAUGGUAUCCCCUUUACGACCUCCUCGACAUCUCAACAGCCUCAGGCGAUAUCAUCAGCAACAUUGGACCGAAGCCAGUGAACCCCCAGAAUGUUCGACCUGCAGAGCUUCGUGUGCGCUCUGCUUCAGGCACGAUCAAGAUUGAUGAGCCUCUCACCAGUGCUCAGAAGGCUGCUCGCCCAGAUCGCGAAUUCCCACCACGCGACUACACAAUUGAUAUCAUCACGGCAUCGGGAGAUAUCACGGCAGAUGUCGCCGCGAGCUCGUCGGCAUCUUUCAAAUCGCAGUCUGGUGAUAUGAAGCUGCAAAUCUGGCCAGUGCUGGACUCGAGUUUGUUGACUGUAAACGAAAAGGCGAAGCCAACAAUCAUCACGGAUACAAAGAGCGGCGAUACGCAUGUGACGAUUCUGGAGCCCCUAUGGACGAGCCUUGCUACCAUCGGCGAAACGAUUCCUCCUGUCAAGCCUUAUGAUCCGACGGAUGGUAGCGAUCCAUACAUUGUUCUCCCGGAAGGAUCUGAGCUUACUGAAAUUAGCAUGGCCAGACCCGUGCUUUCGGUUCUUCACUCCACGCACAAGUCAGUCAGCGGCAAACUUGAGCUCUACUAUCCUAAUUCUUGGGAGGGCUUGUUCUUUGCAAAAUCCAUUUCUGGUACACAAGAAUUCAAAGGCAAGGACGUGAUAGUUGACCGCGGAAGGGGAUCGAUCCCACCACAUCUCAUCAGUGGAAGAAAGGGCAAAGGGUAUUCCCAGCUUGACAUUGGGACCGUGUCUGGCGAUCAGUUCGCCCUGCUCGGAGAGGAAUAAUGGGAGAGAGAUAUACGAAUAGUAAUGAAAUAAGGAACCAGCGAGAUACACGAAUGGAUAAUGAAAUACGGCGUACCGGCGUUGAUGAUAUUAUGAGGAUACUUAUUGCUUGGACAGCACCAUUCGUUAAGGAUAGGAACUUAGGAUACCAUAUCGUUCGUUGAACGUAUUAUUGACCGCAAUGAAAUAUUCAGCAAGAGCCUCCUUGUUUGUCCCAACGAAACAGCUUUUCGAAACAAUAGCCAAGUUUAUUAACCCCA